UCUUUAAUCAAUUCAGAAAAAAAAAAAAAAAAAAAAAAGAGUUAUAUUAAAAUUGCAAAUAAAUAAUAAAAAUAAAUUUUUUUUUAAAUUACCAAGAUGAAUUUGAAAUCAUUAUUGUGUGUGAAUGUGUUUGUGUGUGAUUAAGAUGCUGAAAUUAAUUAAAUUUAUGAGAUAAACUGGAGGUUGAUAGGAGCAACAUGGCGAGUCCAUCGCCACAAUUGUCACCUAUGCCACCACCACAAGCACCAAGUCCAAUGGGUCCACCCUCAUCAUCAUCAUCACAACAACAACAACAAUCACCAUCAAAUCCCCAAGGUAGUCAAAUGGGUCCACCUCAUCAUCAUCCACAAAGUCCAACUCAGGGUUAUCCUGGUGGGCCACCCCCUGGAAAUACACAAUCAAUGUCUAAUCAAUCUUCAUCUUCCCAACAACAACAACAAGGCCCUCCUCAACAAUCACAACAAGGACCCCAGCAACAAAAUUAUCCACCUCAUCCUGGACAAAUGCCUCCAAAUAUGGGCCCACAAGGUCAAUCGGGAGGACCAAUACAUCCAAGUCAAAUGGGUGGACCAUCACCAGGUGGACAUAUGUUAGGUCCAGGAGUACAAAUGGGUGGUCCACCAGGUAGUCAUAUGAUGUCAAAUCAUAUGUCAAGUCAAAUGGGUCCUGGUGGACCUCAUAUGAGUGGUCCACCACAAGGUGCUUCACAUAUGUCUGGACCAGGUCAACAAAUGGUACCUGGUGGAGCUAAUAAUCAAAUGUCAGGUGGUCCAGGACAUAUGUCAGGACCACCACCAGGACAUAUGGGUGGUCCAAUGUCAGGUGGACAUAUGGGACCUUCAUCAAUGUCACAAGGUGGUCCAGGUAAUCAUAUGCCACCAAAUUCAAUGUCAGAUCACCGUCCGCCAGGUCAAAUGGGACCUGGACCACCACCAUCAUCAUCAUCAUCAUCAUCAUCAUCUUCGUCAAUGGGACCAAUGGGUGGACAAAUGCCACCUGGUGGUCCAUCACAAAUGGGGCCUAAUUCAUCAUUACAAAUGAGUCAUGGGCCUGGUCAUCAAAUGAAUAUGCCGGGAAUGCCAGGACAACAUAGCAGUGGAGGUAUGUCAAUGUCUGGUUUAGGCAACCAAAUGUCACAUGGUGGACAAAUGACACCAGGAUCAGGCUCAAAUCAUAUGCCACCUGGAUCACAAAAUGCUCAAAUAGGUUCAAUGCAAAUGGGUGCUAAUCAAGGUGGUCCACCAGGUUUAUCUGGACCACCUGGAAUGGGACCAAUGUCGCAUGGUCCACCAAAUCAAGGAUCUCAAAUGGGAAAUUUACCACCUGGAUCAGGUCAAGAAAAUUUAAAUGCAUUACAAAAAGCCAUUGAUUCAAUGGAAGAAAAAGGAUUGCAGGAAGAUCCACGUUAUUCACAAUUACUUGCAAUACGUGCACGACAAGGAAGUGGAAUGGGAGAAAAACAAACAUUUAGUCCACCUCAAUUACAACAAUUACGUGUACAAAUAAUGGCCUAUAGAUUACUUGCACGAAAUCAACCACUGUCACAACAACUCGCACUUGCUGUACAAGGUGGAGCACCUCCCUCAGGUAUGGGGCAGAGACCGAUGGAACCGCCACAAGGGCCAAUGCCACAAGGACCACCACCAGGUUCGAAUGCUAUGGGUCAAUUGCCUCCAAGACCAGGCUUGCCACCACCAUCUCAGCUUCCAUCUCAAUCUCAGCAGCCAACACAUCAGCUGCAGCCUCAACCUCAGCCUCAGUCACAACCUCAGUCUCAACAACCAAAUCCAACACCACCUCCUCCUUCUCCUGUACCACCUCAAUCACAGUCUCCUAGAGAGCCUCCUCCUUCUGUUCCUCCUGUUCCUCCUCCACCACCACCACCCCCGCAACCUAUACCAGCUCAACAACAGCAGCAGCAAUCUCAACAACAACCGCCACCAUCAUUACCACCACCAACACCAACACCACCACCACCAUCAUUGCCACCACCUCCACCACCAUCAACACCACCAUCAUUACCACAAUCACAAUCACCAGCACCACCAUUACCAAUACCACCACCACCUCCACCACCGCAAUCACCACUAUCGUCUCAGCCACAUCAUCAACCACCUGCUCCGCAAUUACAACAACCACCUCCGCCGCAACAUCAACAACCUCCAGCUCAACAGCAGCAGCAACAACAACAAGUGCCAUCACUUCCACCUCAGGUUCAACACCACCAUCAUCAUCAUCCACAUCCACAUCCCCAUCCACAUCCACACCCACAUCAGCAUCUUCAACAACAACAACAACAACAACAUUUACAUCAACAUCUUCAUCAACAAAAUAUUCAUCAACAACAACAACAACAUCAUCAUCAUCAUCACCAUCAGCAUCAACAACAACAACAACAACAGCAUCAUCAGCAUCAGCAACAUCAACAACAAUUGCAACACCAGCAACAUCAACCAAUUACAAAAAUAAAUCGUGUUACAACAGUAUCAAAACCAGCUGGAUUAGAUCCACUUUUAAUAUUACAAGAACGUGAAAAUCGUGUAUCAACACGUAUUGCAUUACGUAUGGAACAAUUAAAUAAUUUACCAACAAAUAUGCCUGAGGAACUUCGUGUACAAGCACAAAUUGAAUUACGUAUGCUUCGUGUUUUAAAUUUUCAACGUCAAUUAAGAUCAGAAAUAAUAGCAUGUACUAGAAAAGAAACAACACUUGAAACAGGUGUUAAUAUUAAAACUUAUAAACGUGCAAAACGUCAAGGUUUACGUGAAGCACGUGCAACUGAAAAAUUAGAAAAACAACAAAAACUUGAAGCUGAACGUAUACGUCGUCAAAAACAUCAAGAAUUUUUAGCAUCUGUAUUACAACAUGCUAAAGAAUUUAAAGAAUUUCAUAGAAAUAAUAUUGCAAAAUUAUCAAGAUUAAAUAAAUCAGUUAUGAAUUAUCAUGCAAAUGCUGAACGUGAACAGAAAAAAGAACAAGAAAGAAUUGAAAAAGAACGUAUGCGUCGUUUAAUGGCUGAAGAUGAAGAAGGUUAUCGUAAAUUAAUUGAUCAAAAAAAAGAUAAACGUUUAGCAUUUUUAUUAUCACAAACAGAUGAAUAUAUUGGUAAUUUAACAGAAAUGGUUAAACAACAUAAAAUUGAACAAAGAAAAAAACAAGCUGAAGAAGAACAAAAAAAAAAGAAAAAAAAACAUGGUGAAGGUGAAAAUGGUAAAGAUGGUUCACAAACAGAUCGUCAUAUUAAUGUUAUUGAACCAUCAACUGGUAGAACAUUAACUGGUGAUGAUGCACCAUUAUUAAGUCAAUUAGCAACAUUUUUAGAAUCACAUCCAGGCUGGGAGGCAAUUGAUUCAGAUAGUGAUGAAAAUGAUUCUGAUGAUGAAGAUAAUAAAGAAAAAAAAAAUAAUGAUUCAGCUGCUAUUGCUGCUGCAACUGCUGCAGCAGCUGCUGCUGUUGAUGAUAAUGAAAAAGCUAAAAAAACAAUAAAUAAAGUUAAAGUUGAAGAUGAUGAAUAUAAAACUGAAGAACAAACAUAUUAUAGUAUUGCACAUACUGUACAUGAAUCAGUAACUGAACAAUCAACAAUAAUGGUUAAUGGUAAUUUAAAAGAAUAUCAAAUAAAAGGUCUUGAAUGGCUUGUAUCAUUAUUUAAUAAUAAUUUAAAUGGUAUAUUAGCUGAUGAAAUGGGAUUAGGUAAAACAAUACAAACAAUUGCACUUGUAACUUAUUUAAUGGAAACUAAAAAAGUUAAUGGUCCAUUUUUAAUAAUAGUACCAUUAUCAACAUUAUCAAAUUGGGUAUUAGAAUUUGAAAAAUGGGCACCAAGUGUUGUUGUUGUAUCAUACAAAGGUUCACCACAAGGACGUCGUGCAAUACAAUCACAAAUGCGUGCAACAAAAUUUAAUGUAUUAUUAACAACAUAUGAAUAUGUUAUUAAAGAUAAAAGUGUAUUAGCAAAAUUACAAUGGAAAUAUAUGAUUAUUGAUGAAGGACACAGAAUGAAAAAUCAUCAUUGUAAAUUAACACAAGUAUUAAAUACUCAUUAUUUAGCACCACAUCGUUUAUUAUUAACUGGUACACCAUUACAAAAUAAAUUACCAGAAUUAUGGGCAUUAUUAAAUUUUUUAUUACCAUCAAUAUUUAAAUCAUGUAGUACAUUUGAACAAUGGUUUAAUGCACCAUUUGCAACAACUGGUGAAAAAGUUGAACUUAAUGAAGAAGAAACAAUUUUAAUAAUAAGACGUUUACAUAAAGUAUUACGUCCAUUUUUAUUAAGACGUUUAAAAAAAGAAGUUGAAUCACAAUUACCAGAUAAAACAGAAUAUAUUGUUAAAUGUGAUAUGUCAGGUUUACAAAAAGUAUUAUAUAAACAUAUGCAAAGUAAAGGUGUAUUAUUAACUGAUGGUUCAGAAAAAGGUAAACAUGGUAAAGGUGGAGCAAAAGCACUUAUGAAUACAAUUGUACAAUUACGUAAAUUAUGUAAUCAUCCAUUUAUGUUUCAAGUUAUUGAAGAAAAAUAUUGUGAACAUAUUGGUGUACGUGGUUCACAUACUGUAUCUGGUCCAGAUUUAUAUCGUGCUUCGGGUAAAUUUGAAUUACUUGAUCGUAUAUUACCAAAAUUAAAAGCAACAAAUCAUCGUGUAUUAUUAUUUUGUCAAAUGACACAAUUAAUGACAAUAAUGGAAGAUUAUUUAGGCUGGCGUUGUUUUAAAUAUUUACGUUUAGAUGGUACAACUAAAGCUGAAGAUCGUGGUGAAUUAUUAAAAAAAUUUAAUCAUCCUGGAUCAGAUUAUUUUUUAUUUUUAUUAUCAACAAGAGCUGGUGGUCUUGGUCUUAAUUUACAAGCAGCUGAUACAGUUGUUAUAUUUGAUUCUGAUUGGAAUCCACAUCAAGAUUUACAAGCACAAGAUCGUGCACAUAGAAUUGGACAAAAAAAUGAAGUACGUGUAUUAAGAUUAAUGACUGUUAAUUCAGUUGAAGAAAGAAUACUUGCUGCAGCAAGAUAUAAAUUAAAUAUGGAUGAAAAAGUUAUACAAGCUGGUAUGUUUGAUCAAAAAUCAACUGGUUCUGAACGACAACAAUUUUUACAAUCUAUAUUACAUCAAGAUGAUGCUGAUGAUGAAGAAGAAAAUGAAGUACCAGAUGAUGAAACAGUUAAUCAAAUGAUUGCACGUUCAGAGGGUGAAUUUGAAAUAUUUCAAAAAAUGGAUCUUGAAAGAAGACGUGAAGAUGCUAAAUCAGGACCAAAUAGAAAAUCAAGAUUAAUUGAAGAAAAUGAAUUACCUGAUUGGCUUGUUAAAGAUGAUGAUGAAGUUGAAAGAUGGACAUAUGAAGAAGAAGAAGAUCGUUAUUUAGGUAGAGGAUCAAGACAACGUAAAGAAGUUGAUUAUACUGGUAAUUUAACUGAAAAAGAAUGGAUGAGAGCUAUUGAUGAUGAUGGUGUUGAGUAUGAUGAAGAAGAAGAAGAUGAUAAAAAAAAGAAAAAACGUGGUAAACGAAGAAAAAAAGAUGAAGAUGAUGAAAUACCACCACCUAAAAAAAGAAGAGGUGCUAGUGGUGGUGGUGGAGGAGGUGGAGGUGGCGGUGGAGGUGGAGGUGCUGCUGCUACUGCUGCUGCCGCAGCUGCUGCUGAUAUUAAAAUACGUAGAUCUAUGAAAAAAUUAUUGAUGGUUGUUGUUAAUUAUACUGAUAAUACUGAUGGACGACUUCUCAGUCAACCAUUUAUGAAACUACCGUCCAAACGAGAGUUACCAGACUAUUAUGAUGUUAUCAAAAAACCUUUAACUAUCAACAAGUUAAUACAAAAAGUUGAUGAAGGAAAAUAUGGUGACUUUGACGAGUUGGAGAGAGAUUUUAUGCAACUAUGUAAAAAUGCUCAGAUUUAUAAUGAAGAAGCCUCUUUAAUUCAUGAGGAUUCAAUUGUUUUACAAUCAGUUUUUACAAACGCAAGACAACGACUUGAAACUGAAGAAAAUACUGAUGAAGGUGAUGGUGAUGAUGGCUCAGAUGGUGAAUCAAAUAUGAGAAUGAAAAUGAAAAUGAAAGGACGAAGAAGUGAAGGAAGUAGAACAGCUGGCCGACGAAAACGUGUUACGAAAAAAUAUAUAUCAGAUGAUGAUGAUGAUGCCGAUGAUAAUUAAUAAUUUACAUAAGAGAAUUUAAAAAAAAAAAAAAGUCAAACUAUUUUUUAUUUUUUUUUCCCUUUUUUUAUAGAUUUUUUUUUAUACAUUUAAAUAUUAGAUAUAUAUAAAAUAUAUAUUUUUAUUUUCUUUAAAGACUUUACAAUCAAAUUUUUUUUAUUCGAUUCGAAUGUAAAACUGCGCCAUUGAUGGGUGAGAUUUUUAAUUGUACAGUAGAA